AACCUCAGAAGAAUAAGAAUUUGUUGCGGCAGCUCCUACCCGCUCCAGUUCCUGGUUCCUAUAUACGCUCUAUGGGGCGGCUAAUGGAAUUCCGAUUCACAGUCAUUUUCAGUCGGCGGCGGUAAAAACGUUGUUUACAAACUGCCAUAAAACCAGAAGAAGAAGGGAAAAAAUCAUGUCUUUCUGGGGAAGAGCCACGGUAGCCUUAAGACAUGUCCACCGAUUUUUCUACAGUGCGGUAUUAUCUCGUCGAACACUUCGUCGUGGCGUUUUUGGGUCUUUCCUAUUUGGUGGCACCAUAGCGCAUCAGCACUACGGAACAUGGUUGAUCCGUACUCCCGACAGUGUUCAUGCCAUUGAAGAAGAAACCACGGCUGUGAAGGAAAAUACCAUCUCUUCAUCCUCUGCCCGACGACUGCGCUUCAACCAGUUUGCCUCCAUUGUGUAUGAACUGGAACCCUACAUGACACCGAGGGAUUUUCUCUUCUCUGUUAUGCUUGAGAAUGUGGACCGCAAGCUGGAACAGAAAGUCUUGAGCAAACAAGAAGUGGAUGAAAUGCUGGAUAUUGCUUCGAAUGCUGAGGCUGGCAAGAACCUUUUCAGAAGCUUUGGAGAUAAUGGUUUGAUUUCCUAUACAGAAUACCUGUUUCUGUUGACUAUUCUUACAAAGCCACACACAGGAUUCCAAAUUGCUUUCAAAAUGCUCGAUGUUGAUGGCAAUGAACAUGUGGAGAGAAAGGAAUUUUUGAAGCUGAAAAACAUCAUUGGGAAGAAGAAAGAAAAAGUUCAAAAGGAAACUUCCCAUAAGCAUUUUUCAGAUGAUGAUGUGAACACAACCUUGCAAGCAUUCUUCUUUGGAAAAAUGGGAAAGCACAAGCUUCAGUACAAAGAGUUUUGCAGAUUUAUGGAAGACCUGCAAGCUGAAGUGCAGGAGAUGGAAUUCCUGCAAUUCUCCAAGGGAAUGGACACUAUGAGGAGAGAGGACUUUGCAGAGUGGCUCUUGCACUACACAAAUGCAGAGGACAAUGAAGCCUACUGGGAGAACAUGCGGAAGAGGAUUCCUGCUGGCCAGAGCAUUUCUUUUGAAGAGUUCAAAUCUUUUUGCCUUUUCACAAACAACCUGGAGGACUUCGCCUUUAGUGUGAAAAUGAUCAGUGAAGCCAACCGUCCAAUUGGAAUGGCGGAAUUCAAAAGAGCUGUAAAAAUUGCAACGGGCCAUGAGCUUUCUGAAAAUGUUCUAGAUACUGUUUUCAAGAUAUUUGACCUCGAUGGUGAUAACUGCCUUAGUCACAAAGAGUUUAUUGGAGUGAUGAAUGACAGAAUUCUCCGUGGGCUGAAGGUGCAACAUCAGCAUGGUAUCACUGGAUACUCGUGUGUCAAGAGAGAGACCCUGAAGGUGCACCAGAGGCCCUGAGACAGACAGGGAGUCCCUUCUAAUGCUAUUUACAGAAAUUGUGGCCUGCUGUAUUUAUAUCACCAUUGUUACCCUUCACAAUGUAUGCAUAUCUUGUAUGUAAAUUUGUUAACACGCAGAAUAACAUUGCUUGUUAAAAUUUAGUUUCUCAUUAAUAUAGGACUACUGUCUUCUGUAGAAAUAAUUUUCUUUGCCAGGUUCUGUUCUUGUUUUCUCAUAAAAAAGAUUUAAUUAGCAUUAUAAAAUAAUUUUUGUGCUUUUUAAUUUGGGAAAUUCUGGGUCUUUGGUAUUGUUUUUUGAAUCAGAUAGAUUGAAAUAUUUAUUUUGACUGUUGGCAAUCUUGAAUUUCUGUGGCUGAUCAUUUAUAACAGUCUAUUUUGAAAGGUAUGAUCUAUCCACAUUCCAUCCUGUCAAAAUAAGGCUGAUUUUGUACAGCUCUGACUGCUAUGCAUUACAUUUUGAAUUAUUUUAUUUGAUAAAAUCCAUGGCUAGUUUUAAUUGUUCAACUUGGAAAAAAAUGCACGCCCAUUUUUAAGCAUGUAUUUUUAGAAACAUUUUGCUCAUUUUGAUCACAAGCAAAUAAAGGAAACUGCUCUUA